AUGCCUCUUAAUGAUAUCAUUGAAUGUACAAUAUCGUUUAUAGUGGUAUCUCUCUUUUGGGGUUGCACUAAUCCUCUUAUUAAAAAGGCUAAUGAUAAUCCUCACCAAGCCAAGUUGGAUAAAGGAUCCAAUCGACUGUUCAAUUUCUAUCUCGAUUUCAAGAACCUAGUGACAAACUGGAAAAGAUUUUACCCUAUUCUCAUCAAUCAGAUCGGAUCCUUAAUAUAUUAUGUUACCCUGUCAAAAGCUGAUUUAUCUCUUGCAAUUCCUGUCGCUAACUCCUUAACGUUUGUAUUUACUGCCUUAACCGGGUACUAUUUAGGAGAGAAAUUAAAUGGUGGCAUUAGAUUAUGGUUAGGUACAUCGCUGAUAUUGUGUGGGGUUACUUUGUGUGUCAUAAGUAAGACAUAA